UAGAGCAGAAGAGAAAGAUGGUGGAAGAAAGCAGCGAGAGAAGAAAAGAAGAAGAACCAAAGAGACGAAGGGCUUAACCUCUUCUUCAAAAGUUUUGGUGUUGUCGAAGGGUUUAAGCUUUUCAAUUCAAUUCAAUUCAAUUCAAUUUCAUCACUGUAUAAUAUCUAUAUACUUCCAGUAAUACGUCGUCGUAGAUUUUCACUAGUGUACCGAUUCCUACUUCAUUCUCAAUUGCGAAGAUCUUUCGAUUUUCUCACUGGAGCUGUAACGCCGCGAGCUAGAUCCGGAACCGCCGCGAGAUUUUCGAUCCGAUCAAGCUAUAGCAAAUGGCUACUGCUGCCAAUCCUGCGGUUGGUUCCCAAGUUUGGGUGGAGGAUUCUCAAGUAGCUUGGAUAGAUGGUGAGGUCUUGGAGGUUAAGGGGGAAGAAAUCAAAGUCCUUUGUACUUCAGGGAAGACGGUUGUUGUUAAAUCUUCUAGUGUUUAUCAUAAAGAUACUGAAGCCCCACCAUGUGGAGUGGAUGACAUGACAAAGCUUGCUUAUUUACAUGAACCUGGUGUCCUGGAUAAUCUGAGAUCAAGAUAUGAUAUCAAUGAAAUUUAUACAUACACCGGGAAUAUAUUGAUUGCUGUGAAUCCUUUCAUAAAGCUUCCUCAUUUAUACGAUAGCCAUAUGAUGGCACAAUAUAAAGGAGCAGGUUUUGGUGAGCUAAGUCCACAUCCUUUUGCUGUUGCAGAUGCAGCAUAUAGACUCAUGAUUAAUGAGGGAAUCAGCCAGUCAAUAUUGGUUAGUGGUGAAAGUGGGGCUGGGAAAACAGAAAGCACAAAGUUACUUAUGCGCUAUCUUGCUUACAUGGGAGGGAGAGUUAACAGUGCUGCUGAAGGUAGAACUGUAGAACAGAAAGUCCUGGAGUCCAAUCCUGUUCUAGAAGCCUUUGGCAAUGCAAAGACUGUUAGAAACAAUAAUUCAAGUCGUUUUGGUAAGUUUGUGGAGAUUCAAUUUGACCAGAAGGGAAGAAUUUCUGGGGCUGCUAUCAGAACUUAUCUGCUGGAAAGAUCACGUGUUUGCCAGGUGUCAGAUCCAGAGAGGAACUAUCAUUGUUUCUACAUGCUCUGUGCUGCACCUCCAGAGGAUAUUCAGAAGUAUAAAUUAGGAAAUCCUAGAGGAUUUCAUUAUCUGAAUCAAUCAAAUUGCUUUGAGUUGGAAGGGGUUGAUGAGUUAAAAGAAUACCGUGAUACUAGGAGAGCAAUGGAUGUUGUUGGAAUAAGUUCUGACGAGCAGGAAGCAAUAUUUCGAGUGGUUGCUGCAAUUUUGCAUCUUGGUAACAUUGAAUUUACAAAAGGGGAAGAAAUUGACUCUUCUGUGCCCAAAGAUGAAAAAUCUUGGUUGCAUCUACACACUGCUGCUGAACUUUUCAUGUGUGAUGCCAAGGCUCUUGAAGAUUCUCUGUGCAAGCGUGUAAUUGUUACUCGUGAUGAGACUAUAACAAAAUGGCUGGAUCCAGAAGCUGCUGCACUCAGCCGAGAUGCUUUGGCUAAGAUUGUGUACACAAGGUUGUUUGAUUGGCUGGUGGAUAAAAUUAAUAAUUCAAUUGGUCAAGACCCUGACUCAAAGUCCUUAAUUGGUGUGCUGGAUAUUUAUGGUUUUGAGAGUUUCAAGACUAACAGUUUUGAGCAAUUUUGUAUCAAUUUGACCAAUGAAAAGCUUCAGCAGCAUUUUAAUCAGCAUGUUUUCAAAAUGGAGCAAGAAGAAUACAAAAAAGAGGAGAUUGAUUGGAGUUACAUUGAGUUUGUUGAUAAUCAAGAUGUUCUGGAUCUCAUUGAAAAGAAACCUGGUGGCAUUGUUGCUCUUCUUGAUGAAGCUUGUAUGUUUCCUAGAUCAACACAUGAAACCUUUGCCCAAAAGCUGUAUCAGACAUUCAAAAAUCAUAAAAGAUUCAGCAAGCCCAAAUUGUCACGUAGUGACUUCACAAUUUGCCAUUAUGCGGGUGAUGUCACUUAUCAAACUGAAUUAUUCCUGGACAAGAACAAAGAUUAUGUUGUUGCGGAACACCAAGCUCUUCUUUAUGCUUCCAAAUGUCCCUUUGUGUCUGGUUUGUUCCCCCCUUCACCCGAGGAAUCGUCUAAACAAUCAAAGUUCUCUUCAAUAGGUUCCCGGUUUAAGCAACAAUUGCAAGCACUACUGGAAACUCUCAGUGCCACUGAGCCCCACUACAUUCGCUGUGUUAAACCUAAUAAUCUUCUUAAGCCAGCAAUUUUUGAGAAUAAAAAUGUUUUGCAGCAACUGCGAUGUGGGGGAGUUAUGGAGGCAAUUAGGAUAAGCUGUGCUGGUUUUCCAACCAGGAAAACUUUUGAUGAAUUUGCAGAUCGAUUUGGACUUCUUGCUCCUGAAGCUUUGGACGGGAGUUCUGAUGAGGUCACUGCUUGCAAGAGGAUUCUGGAAAAGGUUGGACUUAAGGGCUAUCAGAUUGGUAAAACAAAAGUGUUUCUUCGAGCUGGUCAAAUGGCAGAUCUAGAUACUCGUAGAAGUGAGAUUUUAGGAAAGUCAGCAAGCAUUAUUCAGAGGAAAGUGCGUACCUAUUUGGCCCGCCGAAGUUUUGUCUUGAUACGUUUGUCUGCUAUACAGAUUCAAGCUGCAUGUAGAGCACAACUUGCUCGGCAAGUUUAUGAGGGAUUGCAACGGGAGGCUUCUAGUCUGAUGAUUCAGAGGUAUUUCCGCAUGCAUGUUUCUAGGAAGACAUAUAAAGAAUUGUAUAUCUCGGCUGUUUCUAUUCAAACUGGUCUGCGAGGGAUGGCUGCUCGUAGCGAGCUUCGCUUCAGGAAGCAAACUAGUGCUGCUACUGUCAUUCAGAGCCACUGCCGGAAAUACCUGGCACAACAUCAUUUUACAAACUUAAAGAAGGCAGCAAUUACAACACAAUGUGCAUGGAGAGGAAAAGUUGCUCGACAAGAAUUAAGAAAGCUCAAGAUGGCUGCAAGAGAAACUGGAGCUCUCCAAGCUGCCAAAAACAAGCUUGAAAAGCAAGUUGAAGACCUUACAUUGAGAUUGCAGCUGGAAAAACGCUUGAGGGUCGACAUUGAAGAAUCAAAAACACAUGAAAAUGAAAAAUUACAAUCUGCUUUGCAAGAGAUGCAACUUCAGUUUAAAGAAACUAAGUUAUUACUUCAAAAGGAGCGUGAGGCUGCAAAAAGAGAAGCAGAGAGAGCGCCUCUCAUACAGGAGGUUCCUGUUGUUGACCAUUCUUUGUUGGAGAAGCUUACUAGUGAAAAUGAGAAGCUCAAGACCUUGGUGAGUUCAUUGGAAAAGAAAAUUGAUGAAACAGAAAAAAGAUAUGAAGAGGCAAACAAAAUUAGUGAAGAAAGGUUGAAGCAAACUUUAGAUGCUGAAACAAAAAUAAUCCAGUUGAAGACUGCUAUGCAAAGGCUCGAAGAUAAAUUCUCAGAUAUGGAAUCUGAAAAUCAGGUUCUUCGGCAACAGUCUCUGCUAAACUCAUCUGCAAAAACAAUGUCAGAACACCUUUCUACCCACGUAUCCGAGAAGUUGGAAAAUGGUCACCACAUGGUGGAAGAUCAGAAAGCUGCAUUGUGUUUGCAGGAAGCAGAGAGUGUCACACCUGUGAAGAAGUUUGGUACAGACUCUGAUGGCAAAUUGAGGAGAUCCAUGAUUGAACGUCAACAUGAGAAUGUUGAUGCACUUGUCAACUGUGUUAUGAAAAGUAUUGGUUUCCAUCACGGAAAGCCUGUUGCUGCAUUUACCAUUUACAAAUGUCUUCUCCACUGGAAAUCAUUUGAAGCUGAAAGAACAAGUGUAUUUGAUCGCCUUAUCCAGAUGAUUGGUUCUGCAAUUGAGAAUCAAGAUGACAAUAAUCUUAUGGCCUAUUGGCUGUCAAAUUUGUCUGCACUAUUGUUUUUGCUCCAGCAAAGUCUGAAAUCUGGUGGUGCAACUGAUGCAACUCCUGUCAAAAAACCACCAAAUCCGACAUCCCUCUUUGGAAGAAUGACUAUGGGUUUUCGUUCAUCUCCUUCUUCUGCCAGCCUUCCUACCCCACCGUCGGAUGUUGUACGCAAGGUAGAAGCUAAAUAUCCUGCUUUGCUUUUCAAGCAACAGCUCACUGCUUAUGUUGAGAAAAUAUACGGUAUCCUUCGGGACAACUUGAAGAAAGAAUUGUCAUCAUUGCUUUCGUCAUGUAUCCAGGCACCAAGAACAUCUAAGGGAGUGCUACGAUCUGGCCGGUCCUUUGGUAAAGAUUCUCCCAUGGGUCACUGGCAGAGUAUUAUAGAAUCCCUAAACACUCUCCUUUGUACUCUGAAAGAGAACUUUGUACCUCCAGUCCUUAUACAAAAGAUCUUCACUCAAACAUUCUCAUAUAUUAAUGUUCAACUCUUCAAUAGUCUUCUUCUGCGUCGUGAUUGUUGCACAUUCAGCAAUGGGGAAUAUGUGAAAGCUGGUUUAGCAGAAUUGGAGUUGUGGUGCUGCCAAGCAAAAGAGGAGUAUGCAGGUUCAUCUUGGGAUGAGCUUAAGCACAUAAGACAAGCUGUUGGAUUCUUGGUUAUUCAUCAGAAGUAUAGGAUUUCCUACGAUGAAAUCAUAAAUGAUUUAUGCCCAGUCAUGAGUGUCCAGCAGUUGUACAGAAUAUGUACACUUUACUGGGAUGCUAACUACAAUACUCGAAGUGUAUCUCCAGAUGUCCUUUUAAGCAUGAAGGUUCUUAUGACAGAGGACUCUAAUAAUGCUCAGAGUGAUUCUUUCUUGUUGGAUGACAGUUCCAGUAUCCCCUUCUCAGUGGAUGACCUCUCUACAUCACUACAAGAGAAGGAUUUCUCAGACAUGAAACCAGCGGAUGAGCUGCUCGAGAAUCCUGCCUUCAUAUUUUUAAAUGAGUAGGCAAGGAAACUCGGUAUGUGUUUAUCAUAGUCGUCAAGGGAAGCAACAAAAUCAGUUGCUAGUCCUUGUCAGUGGUUGUAAAUCCAUUUUUAUUUUUAUUUUUAUUCUUUUUUAUUUCUACUCUUUUUUUUUUUUGUUUUUGAUUUACCAUCCUACAUCUUGUUUGUCAUAUCCCUGCAUUGUCAUGGCCCUGAUGUAAAAUUAUUUUUUCAUUCUUUCGUUGGCAUUCAAUUGUAAAGUCGUCAUUUAAAGAGGGGCAGGGAUAUUUUUUUAGGAUUAGUGAUCUUGCUUUGUAUGUCCAUUUUUGUUUUCCUGGUCAGAAAACCGUUAGAAAGUGAAGCUGAGCUGCUUGCAAUUUUGUUUUGGCUUUCAAGCUCACUUUCCUCUCAUUUUUUUA